AUGGUUAUGGUGAAUGCUUCACUCUCACAGGCAACAGCAUCACUGAAGCUCUCAUCUUCAUUUCUCCAUGGCGAAGCUAAAUUAUCGCCGUCCUCAACUCUUCUUAUCGGGACUCAGCUCUUUUCCCCCAAUCCUUCGCCUCUACGCACUUUGAAACCGACAAGGCCUUUGGUUAUUCAAGCAAAGAGGAUAUCUGGCUUGGCAGAGUCCAUCAGAAUAAGAAGGCAGCGUGAGCUUCAAACUUCGCCCAAAGCUAAAAGAAGGCUUCCUUUGAGGCGUGGGAAGGUAUCAAAAGGACUUCCUGUGCCCGAUCACAUUCAAAGGCCUCCUUAUGUUGGUUCACCAUUGUUGCCAGAAAUUGCAAAUGAGCAUCAAAUUCAUGAUGCUGAAGGGCUUGCUCGCAUGAGGGCUGCUUGUGAGCUUGCUGCUCGUGUGGUUGACUAUGCUGGGACUUUAGUUAGGCCUUCAGUAACGGCUAAUGAGAUUGAUAAAGCCGUUCACCAAAUGAUCAUAGAUGCUGGUGCUUACCCAUCUCCACUAGGGUAUGGGGGCUUUCCAAAGAGUGUAUGCACAUCGGUUAAUGAGUGUAUGUGCCAUGGAAUACCUGAUUCACGCCAAUUACAGGAUGGUGAUAUAAUAAACAUUGAUGUGACGGUCUACUUGAAUGGUUAUCAUGGAGACACGUCAAAGACCUUUCUCUGUGGUAAUGUAAAUGAUGGAAUGAAACGGCUCGUAAAGGUGACAGAGGAAUGCAUGCAUAGGGGCAUUGCUGCUUGCAAAGAUGGUGCCUUGUUCAGGAAAAUCGGGAAGAAGAUAAGUGAAUAUGCUGAGACAUUUGGGUUCGGCGUGGUGGACCGUUUUGUGGGACAUGGCAUUGGGACCGUUUUUCAUUCUGAGCCUCUGAUAUAUCACCACCGUAACGACAAGUCUGGACACAUGAUUGAAGGACAAACGUUCACCAUUGAACCUAUUCUCACGCUCGGGACCACGGAUUGUAUAACUUGGGAAGACAACUGGACGACCCUAACUGCCGAUGGCAGCCCAGCCGCACAGUUUGAGCAUACGAUUCUCAUUACAAGAACAGAGCGCCCGAAAGGGCAAUGCAAAUCUGAUCCGCGCAUCCUAUCCUACUUAAAAAACGACGGAUUAUUUUGUACUGGUUUGGGAGUGGGCCCCGCGGCCCGCGUCUAUGUCACGCUCCGCGGAUAG